UCUUCAUGCAACGGAGUCACACAGAGUGAGCGAUUUUAUUCAAUAAACUCAUACUUAUUCAUCUGUACUCCUUGUAGACGCUGCGUUUGACGAAGAGAAGCAUAUCACGGAUAUUGUUGGUAAAAAAAUAUCGGAUCAGUCAUGGUGGAGUGCAAUGCUGAUUGGGAAUUAUGCAAAGAAAACAUCCAGCCGCUGAGACAGGGUCGUGCCAUCUCUGCCCUUCACCAGGCACUUACUCAACAACAAGAGGGAAACAACGCUGUUCUCAAUCAGAAGAAACAAGCAUUUGAGUGUGAGCUGCGGCUAUAUGAUGGAGAUGACCCGCUUGAUGUUUGGGUCAGAUAUAUAAAAUGGACGAAACAGACGUACCCACAGGGAGGAAAGGAGAGUAACUUAUCUGUUCUCUUUGAAAGAGCGGUCACACGCUUUACUGACGACAAAAAAUACCACAAUGACAUCCGCUACAUUGAACUCUGGAUCGAGUUUGCGGAUAACUGUUCUGACCCGAUGGACGUCUAUCGCUACAUGCAAGCUCAAGGGAUCGGGAUUGCCCAGGCCGCUCUGUACAUCGCAUGGGCUGAAGAAUAUGAGAAGAGGGGGAAUUUAAAGAUGGCCAACAGCGUGUUUCAAGAUGGCAUUAAAUGUGGCGCAGAACCGACGGAUAAACUCCACGCAUUUCACAGAGCUUUGCAGGCACGUGUGUGCAGACAGAUGAUGUCAUUGAUGACUGAACAACAGAUCGAUGAUGAUGUUGUUGGUGGUGAUGAAGGACCUGCAGAGCCUCAGAGAUCCACAUUGGCUGAACUGAAAUCUAAAGGGAAGAAGAAAGCAGUUGUUCCCAUCAACAGAGUGAACGCAUCCGUCGGAUAUGCACGUGGGCUGCAGUUUAAGCAGCCAAUGGGCCCUAAACAGAACGCUCGUCUAGUGAUCUUUGAUGAAAAUAAAGCACCUGAAACCGAACCACAAGAACCCAGACUAGAGAUCUGGACAGCGCCACCUACUGCCCGAGCCAAAGAGAACGAACAGAAACCUGAGAAAUGGACCAAUGUGAAGCUUCCUCUGAAGUCACGGUCAGGUCUCAGUGUCGUGGUUCCGCCUCCCAAACCCAGCUUCCAGCCCUUUGUAGAAGAUGACGACAAGCCUCCUGCUGUGACUCCGUGUAAAAUCAACCCAGCGGUGAACAGCGUCCUUUCAGCCAGGAAACCCUGCAAACUGGAGCAGACGCCGUUAAAGAUGCUACAGGAGCGCCAACACAUGCAGCUGCAGCAGAAUGAGGACGGAAAGACGCGAGAACGGAGCAUGUACUGCAAAGAGCUGCUCUACAGCGGAGCCACAGAGUUCUGUUUCGAAGAGCUGCGAGCCGAGAGAUACCGACAGAAACAACAAGCGCUCAAACUACAAGCAGCAGCAGCGCUGUAGAACAUUCUAGUCCGAACUGAAAAGGGGAAAAGAAGGGCUGCGUUUUAAAAUCCAAGUGAGCGUUCUACCUAGAGGGCAGUUUCGGAAUGAUUGGAAAGACCAAACGCAGCUAAAAAUACCGUCUGGGUCGGUCUAGAUUUUGAAACACAGACUUGUAGUCCAUAUUUGUUUUCGAUGUUUGUGUUUAUCUGUCUCUGUUUUUUUUGUACAUGUAUAUAUACAUCCACUUUUGUUUUUUGUACAUACUUUUGUAACACCAUUUUGAUCCGUGUGGAUGCAGCUGUGGUGAAUAUCUCACAUUUGAACGCUUUUAAUAGCAUUUAUAAAGGGGUGCUAUAUUGUUAGCAGCACGGUCGAUACUGUUGUGUUUAUACUGUAGUUUGUGUGUGCUAAUUAACACUUCAAUAAAUGCAAA